AUGACAUCAACAACUGUAACUAAACGACACAAAGAAAAGAACAGUGUAAAAGCCGCUCCACAAGAAAAUUCAAAGGGUAAAGAUGAAACUACAGACAAGAAAGACAAAGAAAACCAGGCAAAAGAUUUUAAAUAUGGACCUUUACCUAGAUUCCCUGCACAAAGGGUGUGGAGCAGAGGUGUGAUGAUCAUAGGUGUUCUUGUUUAUCUUUGGUAUUUCUCAAAAAGUACCAAUGAAACAAUUCUAGCAAAACAAAAUACCGUCUACAAUAGACGAUCACAAGUCGUGGAGUGUGGCCCUGAAUUUGUAGAAGAUAUAAAACAAUAUAAAUCCUGCAUUCCAGAAAAGUGUGGAAGGUUUGUGAGUGACAAAAUCGUUACUGAACAGGAGGCAGACAUUUUGUUGAGAUUAGCUGUUAGAAUAAUGGCACAAGGUGGAUCUUCAGGUGGAGCAUCCAUAAUUGAUUUACAUACAGGAGCACUAUCCUACAAAGACAGGUUUAUAAAUAUCUAUGAACAAAGUGGCAGCAAAAAUAUUUUAACAGAAUCUGAAAGGACAAUUUACCAUUUAGUAAGAAGCAAAAUUCAAGAAGCCAUCGCUCAGAAUUUUGGUAUUCAAGCUGAUAGUUUAUAUUUAACCUAUCCAACAUUUUUCUCUAGACUUACCAACGUUGACCCAAAAACUAGACAUGACGAGUACUGGCAUGAACAUAUUGAUAAGAGAACUUACGAAUCAUUCCAUUAUACAUCACUACUCUAUUUAAACGAUUAUGGAAAAGACUUUAAAGGAGGUAGAUUUAUUUUUCAGGACAACAUUGCAAAACCUACUAAAAACGUAACGGUUGAACCGCGUAAGGGUAGGGUAUCUAUGUUUACUUCGGGCUCAGAAAAUCCACACUUUGUCGAGAGAGUAGAAGAAGGUAUGAGAUUUGCAAUCACUGUUUCGUUUACCUGCGAUAAGACAAAGGCUAUUUCCGAUCCAGGUGUUUAA